AUGGCUAGAGAUGGCGAUGAUCCUAGGUCUCUCCAUGAGUUAGACCUUUACGAAGUCGUGACCUCCGACGAAGAAGAAGACUCUAAAAUCGCGUCUCAAUUGAAUGAAUUAGAAAGACAAAGGAAGGACUUGCAAGAACGAUUGCAAUUGAAAGCCCAGCGCAGGAAAGAUUUAAGUCAGCUUGUCAAAAAGAAAGUAGAGAUUCCUGCGUCCCCUAAGAAACAGCGAGAUGAUCUAAGGUCACAAUCAAUAAUUGAGAACACUUCCCUAGGUAAAGACAUAGAUCUGCAGGAUGACAGUUAUAUUUCAAAACUGGGUGCCAGAAUCGAAGAGUCAGGCCAUUCAACUCCUUACUUUCUCGAGAAUUUUGCCAAUGUUCGCAAGGCAGAGGAAAAGAAAAUUCAACACAGAAAUGAUUUGAUGAAUUGUCGAGUGCACACUUUCAAAGGCCUGAGUGAGGUUAAGCAACAAGAGCCAAUUGUUGUCGAAGAGAAAGAAGACUUUUCUGGCCUCCGCAUUACUAGGCGGUACAUACCUACAGAAGACUUGAACGAGAUUCUUCGGGAUAUUAAAGUUCUUCGACUUCCAAAACUAUUUGGCAAAGUGCGACCCCCAAAGUUUAGCGAACCAGAUUACGCAAAUUGGGUGGCAAUUGGUAUCAUGAGUUUCAAGUCACCCGUCAAAUUGACGUCCGCUUCAAAGCCUUCGAAAUACUUCAAAUUUACAAUCACAGACUUUCAGCACAACUUAGAUGUCUACGUGUUCGGAAAUAAAAAUGUCGAAAAAUACUACAACCUGAGAAUUGGCGAUGUCAUUGCUAUACUAAAUCCGGACGUUCUGCCAUGGAGACCUUCACAGGUUGGUAACGACGAGUUUUCGGGCGCAGUCGUCAAGUCAUUUAACCUAUCGAUCAGACACAACUACGAUUGCAUAAUUGAGGUAGGUACUAGCAAGGAUCUCGCAUUUUGCCAGAUCUACAAUAAAUCAGCGAGUAAAAUUUGUGGAGCUCCCAUCAACAGCGCCUCCACUGAUAGAUGUGAAUUCCAUCAAGAGUUAAGGUUUCGGCAAGUCAAUGCACAAAGAGUCGAACUUAAUGGUAGUACACCCAUGAGAUCACCGACCAAAAAUGGUAAAAAACAAGCACUUUAUGGAAAUUCUACAUCCAAGAAAAAAUACGAACUUUUACCAGACAAGCAUCUACCUCAACAACAAGAUCGCGAAAGUCAGAAUACACUUUACUUCAGUAACCCUAAUUACGCACGGGCCUUCUUUGACGAUUCUUACCAAAAUCCGGAUUUAUUAAACAACUUGGAAGGCAAGCGUCGGAAAUUGAAAGAAAAUGAGAAGGAAAAGUUCCUACAGGAUGAACUCAAUAAAGCAGUUGGGAAGGGAGGAAAUGAGAGAUUUAAAAAUAUGAGCGAGCAAGAAAAAAAGCGCAUAAAGUUAGCAACAGAGCAGGCGCUGGACAGCGGGCUGGUAAAAAAUAUAGGUUUUGAUCCCACGAAAGGGAGAAUGAAGGACAUUUUAAUUCAUGGCCAAAACCAGAAGAAGAGCCUAGAUGCCAAAUCCUCCCAAGUCAAAGAAAUUAUGAAAAUGAAAAAGGCAAAUAUAAAUCUAGCUCCGUCGAAAGAAGAGCAGAAAAAGCGGUUGCUAAAAAGAGAGCAAGUAUGGAAAGAGCAUUUCAAAAAUUCAAAGCAAAAAGUAACACCUGCAAUAGUUAAGGAAGAUGUCGACAGUGAUAGCGACUUGGAAAUUAUAUGA